AAUCACUGGCCUUCGGAAAGUGUCGUCUGUUGUGAAGUAUUAAGUGCCAGUCCUCUCUGAAAACCUCAAAAGCUGACGUGAAUCGCUGUCCGUAUAUUCUGAAGCCUUGAGAUAUUACAUAAAUCACUGACUUCCGGGAGGUGCACUCGUACAUUGUCUUGUGUGAAGGAAUGAGCGCUUAUCCUCACGUGCGCCCUCUGAAAACCUCCAAAGCUACCUUCAAAAGCUGGCUGUGUAUUCUGGGGAUGAAAACAUUGAAGGCGCACUCAUACAAGGUGAAGAAUUAAGCACACAUCCUCACACGCCAAGAUGAAUGGUUCGCUGUGUACUCUGGGGAUGGAUGCAGCUCGCGUCAAGGUGUUCUCUUUCCAGAAUAACCUUGAGUCUUCAUAAUUAAUAAGCCCCGGCUGGGAGAGAUUCAGCUGCCCCACUGCCCUUUACACUCCCGCCGCCAGCCACUCUGUUGUGAGCACCGUGGACGUGGGCACUGCUGCCAGCGUAGGUGUGGCUGUUGCUUCCUGACUAAACUAAAGUGGUUUUUUUUUUCUGAAACACGACAUAGUAAACACCUAAGAAAACCUGAACACAUCGACGGCAAACGAAAGAAAAUUAAGUUGACGAGAAAUUUUGCGGCAUGUGGAAGCUUUAAAUGCCGUGAAUGAUCCCUGGCCAGUGCGCAUCGCUGUGUUUACAUCCCCACGCCACCAUGCGAUCUCACCUCUUCGUCCCCCUGAUCAACCCCUUCGUACCCAAACCCCACGGAGUGUACGUUGUCCUCCAGGAACCACAACCGAGAGUCCGUGACAUCUCCGCAGGGCGCUCAAGGACUAAGCAGAGGGAGGUGUUCCACGCGCCCUUCUUCACCACCCGGUUCUGUACAGCCUGGACGGGGCUCUUCUGCCCGCUCUGCCUCGCCUGCCUCUUCUGCUUCAGGAGGGACAAGGACUCACUCAAGGUCUCCCUCAAAACCAUCGCGCAGAACUUCAGGGACCGCGGCAUCACUUUCACAUCAACCCGACCUGAGCCGACUGCGGGAGUGACAAAUGGUUCCCUGGACGCCGUGUGUCACCGGAUUGCAGGCGAGCGUCAGGCGGACCAUGAGUCGGGACGCUGGCAAGUCCGUUGACCAGAACCUGACCAGGAAAAUUUAAGAAGCGUGGCCUUGACCUUGCUCAGCAGUUGUGCCCUCACCUGACCUACGUUAUGUUGCUCUGCGUUCAUUGUUUCUGGCAAAGUGAGUUAGUGCAGCCGUGCCUUCAGUGUGUCACCAUAAUUUGCAAGCAGUCGAUUUCCUGCUCUACUUUACCAGGUGGUAUUUGUUUUGAAAGAGAGUUGAGAAGUGGAUUAUGUCAUGCUCUCAACCUAAAUUUUAUACUUCUUUAUUCAUAACUGCAUCAACAGACCACCUGGGAAAAGUAAUGCUUUGUGCCUCUGUUUGUUUUCAUUUCACGACACGGUAGGAAGGGAGAGCACGUCCACAGAGCAAAGAAUUCAAGAGAUACCUCUUGGAAUUCUGGGAAAAUAGGAUGCUCAUUUCUGGUCGUCCUUCAGAGAAGCUAAUGUUAUGCAUGCGUAUGCCAUUUAAAUUCAGCGAAGAAAUUUGAGAAAUACUUCUGGAAAAUGUUUUAACGAGCUCCUAUCGUUAAAUCUUCAUAAGAAACGUUUGCACCAUAAAGUAACGAAAUUUUGUGCCUCACAUCCAGCAUCAGAGACCAUAAGAGCAACAGCAAGGUGUAUUCGAGGAACAGUGUUAAGAUGUGUAUAAACAAAGUAAAAUAUACGUAGUGCUGACAGGCAUCACAGAAAAGAAAACUUGUAAUAACAUUUCAAAGGAAAAACUUUUAACCAGUACAGUGUUGCGCUUUGUCAGAGAUAGUGGUCUUGUCAGGCUGCAUUUCUUUUUCCUAAGCUUCUUAUUUACCCCGUAAAAUGACAGAAAAGGGAAAA